UUUUCUUUUUCAAAAAAAAAAUUAAAAGAAAUUAGGGUUAUAAAAUCAUGAAACCAAAUCGAAUUGAAUAGCUCAACGACUAUAUUGCUGUGCUCUGUAAGAGAAUCUCCUCUUUCAUCAAUUUGGGGGUUCCACAUUACAGAUCUGGAAAGAUGAGUAGUAUUGAGGUUCCUCCGUUUACGCGAGAUGAUUAUAAUAUGUGGAAAAAGAAGAUGGUUCUGUUCAUUAAGGCAGCAAAUCCUGCGUAUAUGAAAAUCUUGGAAAGUGGUCCUUAUGUGCCUAAGAAGACAAUUCCUGGAAUUGCUGUGACCAGUACUAGUUCUUCAGUUCCUGAAGUGGAAGUCCCAAAAGACCCUUUUGAAUAUACAGACAAGGAAAAGGAAGCUGUUCAGUUGGAUGCAAAUCUUCAGUUGAUUAUUUUUGACUCUAUGGAUUAUGAUAUGAGUCACCAGCUAAUGAACUGUAAGAGUGCUAAGCAUAUGUGGGAUACCAUGGAGCUGAUAAUGGCAGGAAGUCAAGAAAACCAACUGGAUAUCCUGACGUCUAGAUAUGAAGCAUUUAAAUAUCUUCCCGGUGAAAGUAUCACUCAAGUGUUUGAGAGGUACAAUAGGCUGUUGAACGAACUAAGUGCUCAAGGGAAGAAGUACCCGCUGAGAGAGACUAACUGGAAAUUCAUGGUGAUAAUGCCACGCCAUUUGGAGCCUAAGGUUUUAGCUAUUAGGGGAAGGCCAGACUUCAAGACGAUGUCACUUGAACAACUGUAUUGGAAGUUGAAAAUUUAUGAGAUGGAACGGGAACAAAGAAAGAUCAUCUAUGGUACAGAAUUUUAAGAAAAACGUGCGUAGUGUCAAAUUUUAUGUAAAGUCUAACCAGUGCCCUAAAACUUUUGGGUUAGCUAAUCAAAUAUGCUGAAGACUUGUUCUCUGAAUAUGAUCAGUGAUAGCUGUUUGUAUUUUGACCACUUGGUGGCUCAUUUUAAUUCUUGCCUUGCUAUGAUAUUCCCUUUAAUCCUAA